AUGGAGGUGGUGGCUAAUGGGGUGAAGAAGCCCACGGCGAACGGCGUCGGCGGGCUGCCCCGCGCGGAGUGCCACGCCGUCUGCCCCGCCGCUAGUGUCGCGGCGGGGGAGGCCACGCUGGGGCGGCACAUAGCGCGGCGGCUGGUGGAGAUCGGGGUGACGGACGUGUUCACCGUGCCGGGGGACUUCAACCUGACGCUGCUGGACCAUCUCAUCGCCGAGCCCGGGCUGAACAACAUCGGCUGCUGCAACGAGCUGAACGCCGGGUACGCCGCCGACGGCUACGCGCGCUCGCGGGGGGUCGGUGCCUGCGUGGCCACCUUCACCGUCGGCGGGUUCAGCAUCCUCAACGCCAUCGCCGGCGCAUACAGCGAGAACCUCCCCGUGAUCUGCAUCGUGGGGGGGCCCAACUCCAAUGACUACGGCACCAACAGGAUCCUCCACCAUACCAUCGGGCUCCCCGACUUCACACAGGAGCUCCGCUGUUUCCAGACGGUCACCUGCUUCCAGGUAACAGAAUCAGUCCUCUCACAGAGUGAAGAGCUGAUUGACAACGAUGGUGACCCUCCCCUCUUUGGUGUUGUAGGCGGUGGUGAACAAUCUGGACGAUGCUCACGAACUGGUCGACACCGCCAUAUCCACGGCCCUGAAAGAGAGCAAACCGGUGUACCUGAGCAUCAGCUGCAACAUAGUGGGGAUUCCCCACCCUACAUUCAGCCGGGAGCCCGUCCCCUUCUCCCUCCCCCACAGGUAGUUCCAUCUACCUACUCUUCUUCCCUCGGCUGGCUCAAGCUCCGGCGUCGAUGAGGGGCCCUUAUGACGCCUUUGUGAACCACAGGAUAAGCAACCUUGCGGGUCUGGAGGCGGCGGUGGAGGCGGCGGCGGAGUUCCUCAACAAGUCGGUGAAACCCGUGCUGGUGGGCGGCCCCAAGAUCCGCGUGGCGAAGGCCGGCAAGGCCUUCGUGGAGCUAGCCGACGCCUCCGGUUACGCGGUGGCGGUGAUGCCGUCGGGGAAAGGGCUGGCGCCGGAGCACCACCCGCGGUUCAUCGGCACGUACUGGGGCGCCGUCAGCACCUCCUUCUGUGCGGAGAUCGUGGAGUCGGCGGACGCCUACGUCUUCGCCGGGCCCAUCUUCAACGAUUACAGCUCCGUCGGGUACUCCCUCCUGCUGAAGAAGGAGAAGGCUAUCAUCGUGGAACCCAACCGGGUGGUGGUCGCCAACGGGCCGGCGUUCGGGUGCGUCUUCAUGAAGGACUUCCUCCGGGCACUAGCGAAGAGGAUCAAAAAGAACACGACGGCCUUCGAGAACUACUCCAGGAUAUUCGUACCCGACGGGGUUCUGCCGCCAUGCAAGCCCAAGGAGCCGCUGAGGGUGAACGUCCUCUUCAACCACAUACAGAAAAUGCUCUCGGCUGACACCGCCGUGAUUGCCGAGACCGGCGACUCGUGGUUCAACUGCCAGAAGCUCAGACUGCCACAGGGAUGCGGGUAAGCGCGAAACCAGAGAAAAAAGGUUUACCUUCUCUGUCCGAACCAUUUAAUUCCACUGACGGAGUUCUGGGGACCGCAGGUACGAGUUUCAGAUGCAGUAUGGAUCCAUUGGCUGGUCUGUUGGGGCUACGCUCGGGUAUGCACAGGCUGCGAAGAACAGGCGAGUGAUCGCGUGCAUCGGCGAUGGAAGCUUUCAGGUAAAUCCCGAUCAUAGUUGCCACAUAAACGAUUCAGAUGGUACCCAGUUGAAGGCUUCGACAUCCUCGGCUCUUCCAUGCAGGUGACGGCCCAAGAUAUCUCCACCAUGCUCCGCUGCGGACAGAACAGCAUCAUCUUCCUCAUAAACAACGGGGGUUACACCAUCGAGGUGGAGAUCCACGAUGGGCCCUACAAUGUUAUAAAGAACUGGAACUAUACGGCCCUGGUCGACGCCAUCCACAACGGAGACGGCAAGUGUUGGACCACCAAGGUUAACCCUCGCCUCCCAUCCUGUAUUUUUGCCGGCUUCAUUGCACAUUCCGGUGGCAGUUCCAUUACCUGGCUUCCCAUCUGUUGCAGGUCCGGUGCGAAGAGGAGCUGAAGGAGGCGAUUGAGACGGCGACGGGGACGAAGAGGGAAUGCCUCUGCUUCAUUGAGGUGAUAUUACAUAAGGACGACACCAGCAAAGAGCUGCUGGAGUGGGGCUCCAGAGUCUCCGCCGCGAACAGCCGCCCGCCCAAUCCACAGUAG